AUGUCUUCUAUAAAUCAAUUGGUCGAUGACGAUCUUAAGAAAGACAUAAACCAAGCUAUUUCACAUGUAAAGAUAUAUCUCAGACAACGUUUCAAUGAAGGACGUACACAGUUAAAUAAUCAAAUAAAACAACAUCAACAACUAAAAGAAAAAGAAUUUGAACAACAACAAUUAAAAGAUAAACAGUUAAAUUACGAUAGUAAUAGUGAUAAUGAUAAAAAUAAUAUUUCAGAAAAUAAUAAUAGCAAUAUAGAUAACAAAGAAAAUAAUAAUAAUAGUAAUAAUAUUACAACUGAUAGUUUCGAAAAUGUUCCAAAGAAAACCAAAUUUUGUUGUGAACAUGUAGAUAAUAUUCCAGAAAUGCGAACACUCUUUUUCACACUGACCGCAUUCUUUGGUAUCAUUCCAGCGAGUCAUGCACUCUAUUUAUUCGAAUGGGACGUUGGUAUUCUGUUUUUCUACCGAAUCAAUGUGAUGUUUGCUCUCUUUGGUAUCGGUUUGAUUUUCUACAUCGCAAGAAUUCCGGAGCGUUGGAUGCCAGGCAUCUUUGACAGUGUAUCUGGUUUUGGUAGUCACGCAAUUUGGCAUCUCUUUACUUUUUUGGCGCCACUCUACCACUAUCAUACAUGUAAAUUAACUUUUUCAGCUGCCAUUGGUCAAUGUGGUCUCUAA